AUGCUGGAUGAGAGACAUCCAGACCUACCAACUAGCCAAAAUGAUGACAACACCUAUAUUCUGGGGAGAAUAUGCCCUCAUAAUGUCGUAAUCCUGUGCCUCCCAUCAGGUAUCUAUGGCACGACCGCAGCAACGGCCUUGGUUACUCAAAUGAGGUCCAGUUUCGGGGCAAUACGCUUUGGCCUGAUGGUUGGCAUAGGAGGAGGAGUGCCCUGCAAGGGAUUCGAUAUUCGACUGGGUGAUAUAGUGUAUGACUACGGCAAGACAGUCCAAGACGGACGGUUUGAACGUUUGGGAUUAUUGAAUAAGCCUCCACCAGUACUUUUGACGGCUGUCGCUCGACUGCAAGCUGCGCAUAAAUUGAGACCAAGUCAAAUACCGACCAUCCUUUCUGAAAUUGCUGAUAGCAAUCCAUUUUUGAGUCACAUCUUGGAGCAUCCCGGUGAGAACGUGGCGGAUCUUUUGUUUGAAUCCGACUAUGAACACUGUGAGGCUCUAAAUAUCUGCCACGACUGUGACUCCAGCAGAUUAGUGAAACGCAUUCCCCGAGAUGGACAGAGCCCCGUUAUCCACUAUGGCCUCAUUGCGUCUGGUAACCAGGUGAUGAAGCAUGGACGGACAAGAGACAAAUUAGCUCAAGAGCUCGGCGUUCUCUGUUUUGAAAUGGAGGCGGCAGGUCUAAUGGAUGUAAUUCCAUGCCUAGUGAUUCGAGGAAUUUGCGAUUACUCAGAUUUCCAUAAAAACAAGAAAUGGCAAGAAUAUGCCGCAGCGAUAGCGGCAGCAUACGCCAGAGAACUCCUCUCCGUCGUCCACGCUGUCCAGGUUAUGUAUGAACCAACAGUCGGUUCAUCAAAUGAUAUUUAUCACUACAAGAACAAGGGCCUUCGCGAUAUGAAAUGGUCACAGAGCCUAACAGGGACCAACUUCACGAUUGGCUCUUCGACCGAUUGUCGGAUUACGAUCACAAUAAAGUUCAUCGAAGGCUUUUGUCAUAAAAGACUUCUAGGCACCACUGUAUGGUUCCUAGACCACCCGGAUUUCCAAGAGUGGUCUACUGGAAACACUGUGUCCAGUCUAUGGUGGUCUGGGAAGAUUGGCUCCGACAAAACCGUGAUAGCAACUUCUGUGAUAGAAAAUAUGAAAUAUCGUUCUUCUGGUCCCCGCUCUACAAUAGUCUUCUUCUAUUGCGAGAAUGGGCACCAGGAGUCUUUGCAGGCAUCAUACAUUGUGUCUAGUUUUAUCAAACAGCUGUGCGAGCACCUCCGUUCUAUGUCCCAACCCUUGCCAAAAAAUAUCGUUCAAGAUAUCAACAGUAUUUUUGUUCACCUAUUUCAAUAUGCCCAUGAUACAACGUAUAUCUUGGAUGGAUUUGAUGCGCUUGACGAGACAAAUUGCGUAAGGAUUUUGAAGCUUCUUCGAUCAUUGUUCUCCGACUCCAGCAUGCGGCACGGUUCUAAAUGCAUGCUGCUAAGCAGGGAGCAAAUCCCAGGGUUCACGAACAUCUCUACGCUAAUUCCGGGAAUUCGUCAGAUAUCAACAUCUUCCAAUGUUAUGCAAGAUAUUCAGACAUAUAUCGAAACGACUAUCGCUGACAAGACGAUGUUCAGAAAACUUACAGACGAUCCUACAUUGAUAGAUGGGAUUAAAGAAGUCCUGUUAAAAGAGUCCUCUGGAAUGUUCCUCUGGGUUUAUCUCCAGCUGGAGAUUCUAUGGGAAACAUGUUUCACAGAUGCUCAAAUACGAUUGGCAUUGAAGCAACUUCCCAAGGACUUGAAAGAGACAUAUCAUCGUUGUGCUGAGAGAAUAAUCACCCAGGUCGACAUCGCACUAAGAGUGCUUAAAUGGGUCAGCUUUGCAACCAGGCCACUCAGUGUUGAGGAACUGAGGGAAGCAGUGGCGUUUUCUCCGUCGGACACUAGCUGGGACCCGGAGAAAUUACCGCAGCGGGACUUCAUUGCUGGGUGUUGUGCAAAUCUCGUGGUAGUUGACCCGAUUGAUGGCCGCAAGGCGAUCGAGGGCGUUUUAGCGAAGGGCUACCCUGUCACUGCAAAACUAGGGGAGGUAGAAUGUGGAGAAUAUUGUGUGGCUUAUCUUUCAUUCUCCGACUUCGCCCUCCAGCUAGACAAGUGCAAGAACGGAACUGUAAAGGUCACGGUUCCCUCCCCGGCAUCUUUCAUCGAUGAAGUUCUCGGUUCGUCGUUUAUCAAGCCUUUCCUCCGAGCGCCGCGACUUCAAAAACCCUCUGUUUCUCUGAGCAUCCCAAAGACACACCCAGUCACGGCGGCUGAUCGGACGAAAUAUAAAUUCCUCGAUUAUGCCAUUGCUAAUUGGGCUAUCCAAACCAAACACAUGACACACUAA